CAACGUAUCGAAAAGUUUUUAAUUUUCAACGCGAAACGUUUCGAGCCAGAUCGGAUGAAUUGAACCCGGACUGAGUUACAUACCGCGGUUUCUCUUCGCCCGAUUCCAUUAGUCGAUAAUUUCACGAGCAAUUGAUUAAUUCAUUGAUGCUUUAGCACUCUACCAUGUUAUCGUGUGAUUGUUUGUUCUCAUCGCAUUAUUUUUCCUCAUACGCUUUCAAUUUCCGUGUCUCUAUCCUAUUGGCGCUUCUUCAAGGUUCUGCAACUUUCACAAAUUGAAUAGUGCCGAGGUUUGGUUCUAAAGUCUUGUGGCCGUUUCUGUCUUCGAGUUAGCUUAUCAAUGGAGGCGGAUUUUGUGACGAAUGAUAUGCUCGCACUCACACACGAUGCUUUUGAUGCCAACGAUAAUGAUGAUGUAGCUAUUGAAGGGGAAAGAUGUGGAAUAUGUAUGGAUAUGGUUAUUGACAGGGGAGUUCUGGAUUGCUGUCAGCACUGGUUCUGCUUUGUAUGCAUUGACAACUGGGCUACCAUCACUAAUCUUUGCCCACUUUGCCAGAAUGAAUUUCAGUUAAUCACUUGUGUUCCAGUAUAUGAUACCAUUGGAAACAACAAAGUUGAAGAUGAUUCACUCCUCAGAGAUGAUGAUGACUGGUCCAUCGAAGGGAAGAAUAACACACUGCAAUUUCCCUCAUACUACAUUGAUGAAAAUGCAGUUAUUUGCUUGGAUGGCGAUGACUGCAAGGUUCGUAAUGGGUUGGCUACUGUUGAAGGAGAUUCUGAUCUUGAUACAUCAAUAGCAUGUGAUUCUUGUGACAUAUGGUAUCAUGCAUUCUGUGUGGGAUUUGAUACCGAAAGUACAUCAGACAGUACAUGGUUAUGCCCCAGAUGUGUAGCAGAUUAUGUUUCUAAGGGAGCAUCUAAUUCAAUGGAGAGGACAACCGUGGAAUGUAAUGCAGACAAUAGUAACAGUGAAUGUCAUGCUAAGGAUUCCUUUUCAGGAAAAGUGUCUGUCUCUGUUGCUGAUACAGGAGAAACAGCUGUUGUUGUCUCGAUGGUUGACAGAACAAAAUGGGUUCCAGCAACAAGUGAGAAAAGCCUAUUGCCUUUAGAAGUUGAUGCGGAUCCAAUGAGUGAAUCAUGUAUUUUAAUGUCUGACAUAAAUGAUCAGCAAAGUGGCGAAAUGAAGACAAUUUCAUUACCGAUCAUGGAAGAAGAACUGGAACUGUCUUUAUCAAACAAUAGUGAUUUAAAGAAAAUUGCCAGUGGAACAAUGAAUGAACCCGGUGGCUUGGAUGGAACCAAGUUAUUUGAUGAGUCCCAUACCAAAACUAGUCCAUCCAGAAUUGAAUCUGAUAUGGGUCUUGAUCUUGGUUUGUCAGUGGGCACUUUUUUACCUGUUGAUAAUGCAGAAAAGAGUGAACCAAAAGAUCAAGAACCUGGUGUCCCAGGCUUGACUUCUGAAGAAUGUUUUUCGAGAGGAGAUGAAAUUGAAGUCAAUGCUUGUAAGGACAAUGCCAGAGUGGUUGGUGGAAAGAGAAAGCAUGCUGAUUACAGUAAUGGGCAAGUUCAUAUAAAGGCUGAGGAUGGAGAUGCCAAGCCUGAACUUCCUGAGGAAGUUGUGCCAAAGAAAAGUAAAGCUACUGACAGCCAAAUGAGUAACACUGAUGACACAGCCAAUGAUCAUCUUUCAGAAAACGGUCCGAAGCACCCUGCUUUAAACGAUUCUCCGACAAAGGCAACUGUUACACCAGAUAUAAUGAAUAUAGUUAAAGGGACAGUCCGAAGGCUUUCCAAGGGACAUACUAGUACUAAUGCUUGUGACCAGUCAUCUGAAAACAAAGGAAAUAUGGCUGGGUUGAGGGUUAAAAAGAUCAUGAAGAGAAAUUCUGAGGAUAGAGAAUCAUCCUUGUUAGUUCAAAAUCUAAGGAAGGAAAUUAGAGAAGCUGUCCGUAACAAAUCCUCUAUAAACUUCGAGGAUAACCAUUUUGAUCCCAAGCUUCUUGAAGCAUUUAGGACUGCUAUAACAGGGCCUAAAACUGAACUUGUAAACAAGUUAUCCCCUGCAGCUAUAAAGGCAAAGAAGUCAAUGUUGCAGAAAGGCAAAGUGCGUGAAAAUUUAACAAAGAAAAUUUUUGGGAAUUCCAAUGGAAGAAGAAAGCGUGCAUGGGAUAGGGACUGUGAAAUUGAGUUCUGGAAAUAUCGUUGCAUGAGAGCUACGAAGCCUGAAAAGAUUGAAACAUUAAAAUCAGUUCUUGAUUUACUAAGAAAAGGUUCGGAUGGUACAGAAUCAAAGCAAGCUUCUGAAUGUCAAACCAAGGAUCCUAUACUUUCUAGGUUGUAUUUAGCGGAUACAUCUGUUUUCCCCCGCAAAGAGGAUGUAAAACCUCUCUCUGUCCUUAAAACUGUGGCUAACUCUGAGCAAACCAAACAAAACAAUCCAUCAGAGAAAGUACCAAAUCCAUCCGGUAACAAUACUAUUAAAGCAACAGAUGUAAACAAUCUCUUAUCAAAGAUGAGUUUUGUGUCAUCUGAAAAAAACGUAGACAAGAAGAUUGUACAUGGCCCAGUUGGCGAUAAUUCAACUUCUGGUAAAAUACGUUUAAACAAUUACUCAGAAAGGACGCCAGUCUCGUCAGUUGGUUCGAAAACUGGCACCAAGGAGUUAGGCCAAAAAUCUGGUUGCAUGAAGAAUGAUAAAAAGAAAUGGGCCUUGGAGGUCCUUGCGAGGAAAACAGCUACAACCAGCGGGGGAAACACAGCAAAUGGAAAUCAGGAAGACAAUGCAGUUUUUAAAGGAAAUUAUCCUUUACUUGCCCAACUGCCAAGUGAUAUGAGACCGGUAUUGGCACCUUCUCGACAUAAUAAAAUUCCUAUAUCAGUUAGGCAGACGCAGCUUUACCGCCUAACCGAGCGCUUAUUGAGGAACACAAAUCUGUCCGUGAUCCGCAGGACUGGCAUUACAGAAUUAGCUGUUGCAGAUGCAAUUAAUAUUGAAAAAGAGGUUGCUGACAGAUCAAAUAGCAAGCUUGUGUAUUUGAACCUUUGUUCACAGGAGCUCUUGCAUCGCACAAAUAACACAAAAUCUGAUGUAGCCACAGAUACAACUCCAACAGCCUCAUCAGCAAUGCUUACUGAUCAACAAUCGGAAAUAAAUACGGAAGAUCUUUCAACUGACCCUGCAGUUGAAACGGCCUUGAAAAAUGCUGGUCUGCUGUCUGACUCCCCACCUAGCAGUCCACAUGAGAACAUAGAAACAUGUAAUGGUGACAUGUCGGGGCCCGAUAAUAUACUUGAACUGGAUUCGAAUCCUGAUCUGGAUAUUUAUGGUGAUUUUGAGUAUGAUUUAGGAGACGAAGAUUAUAUUGGUGCUAGUGUUACACAGGUUUCAAAACCAAAACAAGAGCAAAAUGAGUCAAAAGUGAAACUUGUUUUCUCCACCACGAACUUGAAAAAGUCAGAUAUCGCUUUGGAUUGUGCUGACUGUGAGGGACCUGAAAGAAAUGAAGUGCCAGGAGAGGCCUCCUGCUCGCCGAAUUGUCACAAUGAUGCAGAUCAUAGGGAUAGGGCUUCUGUUUCUUCAGAGCUCCUACCCUCUGAGAGUGCUAUUGAGCCACUUGACAAAGAAUUUGAAGAAUUAUUAUACGGCCCAGACAAAGAACCCCUCAUAAAAAAAUUUCCAGCUGGUGAAUCAAUAUCAUUACAUGGAGAUGGCAAGACAGAAACUCUAAGCGUGGCCAAUGACUACCAUAUUGAUAAACAGCAUGCUUUGGAUAAUAAAGUAAAAGCUUCAGAACAGGGGAAUGAGAAUCUCACAGAAAAAGUUUAUGAUACUACCAUCACCGACCAGUCUUCCAAUAUAUCUGAAGCCGGUGAAAGUUUCCAACGGAAGGAAGAGAAAUCUGAUGUCACUGCUAAGCAGAUUGACUCUGUAAAUCAUAUAACUAAAAAGGUAGAAGCUUACAUCAAGGAGCACAUCAGACCACUGUGCAAGAGUGGAGUAAUCACGGCUGACCAAUACAGGUGGGCUGUUGCAAAAACAACUGAGAAGGUAAUGAAGUAUCAUUGCAAAGCAAAGAAUGCGAAUUUUCUCAUAAAGGAAGGUGAGAAAGUAAAGAAACUUGCAGAGCAGUAUGCCGAAGCAGCCCAACAGAACAAAAAAAAUUGAUUCAUACGGUCAAAGCUUACAAAUGAUCAAAACAUAGAGUACAUUCGCCAAUCCAGGGAGUACAUUCGUCGAUAAGAUGAACCCAUAGGCGCAAAGAUGUAGAUCUGAACGGAAAGUUAUAAAGGUUGCAAUACAAUUGAAACGGAGGAAGAACAAAGGUACGACAUAAAUCCAAAGAAUAUGAGAACGGUUUGCCUUUAAAUCAUAAUGAGAGGUUUCUUAUUGUCAUAUAACAGCAAUACAGUAUGUCUGGAUUGUCGUACUUGUUUAUGGACGUUAAAAGAGAUGUGGGUCAACGUGUAAUCAGUGAGUUGGAUUUUGAUUCUCACCGCCAUGGAUUCUCAGAGAAGUCAAAACACACCUCCAUUGGGUUUCGUUUGAGAAAUUCCAUGUUGAGUACUUGAUUAAGUUUUCGAAUUAUUCGAUCUGUAAAUCCUAAACCCUAGAUACAUUACGACUAAUUAGAACUCAAAAAUAGGUCUCAUGUUCCAACUAGAGUAAUCCAGAGUUUUUAUGGAUUAUAUUAUCUAAAAAGUGUUCUGAGUAAA